UGUCUGUAAGCCCCUGACUGGAGCUGCUGGAAUUCUUGCAGGGAUGACCUGCCUGGUGAGGAGGGAUGGCUCAGGGUCCCACCUAAAGAGGCAGUCUGGCCACAACCUGCCACAGCCACUUUGCUGCACUGUGGGAAAUUUGGCCCAGUCCAAACCUCUCAGGCUCCUUUGCACUGUCAGGGGCAAACCGCCAACUAAUGGUGGUCAUCCCUCCCCCCAGGAACUUAGUCAUUCCAGGCACUCUCCAGACUACUCUGCUGGCAGCGGGGAUCUCAAGCCAGUGGGUCUUAGCUUGCAGGGAUCCAUGGGAGUAGAACCCACUGAUUGAGACUGCUGGGCUCUCCUCCUUGGCUUCAGCCCCCUUUCCAUGGGACUGGAUGGUUCUCCUGCCUCACUGGAGUUCCAGGUACCACUGGAGUAUGUAAAAACUCCUGCAGCUCAGUGCCUGCCUAAACAGCCACCAGUGGGAGUGGCUGUCAUUGGUUUGCCCAGGCACUUCUGUCUCCUGCUGCCAUGUGAAGAAGAACAUGUUUGCUUCCUCUUCCACCAUUAUUGUUAUCUACAUUCAAAAGAGCAUUCUAUUAAAGCUACCUUAAUUUGGCGCUUAUUUUUCUUAAUCAUGUUUCUGACAAUCAUAGUGUGUGGAAUGGUUGCUGCUUUAAGCGCAAUAAGAGCUAACUGCCAUCAAGAGCCAUCAGUAUGUCUUCAAGCUGCAUGCCCAGAAAGCUGGAUUGGUUUUCAAAGAAAGUGCUUCUAUUUUUCUGAUGACACCAAGAACUGGACAUCAAGUCAGAGGUUUUGUGACUCACAAGAUGCUGAUCUUGCUCAGGUUGAAAGCUUCCAGGAACUGAAUUUCCUGUUGAGAUAUAAAGGCCCAUCUGAUCACUGGAUUGGGCUGAGCAGAGAACAAGGCCAACCAUGGAAAUGGAUAAAUGGUACUGAAUGGACAAGACAGUUUCCUAUCCUGGGAGCAGGAGAGUGUGCCUAUUUGAAUGACAAAGGUGCCAGUAGUGCCAGGCACUACACAGAGAGGAAAUGGAUUUGUUCCAAAUCAGAUAUACAUGUCUAGAUGUUACAGCAAGGCCCCAACUAAUCUUUAGAAGCAUAUUGGAACUGACAACUCCAUUUUAAAAUGAGCAAAGAAUAUAUUUCUUAUAUGAACAGGUAUAUGAAAAUGUGCUCAAUAUCGCUAAUAACUGGGAAAAUACAAAUCAAAAUCAUAGUAAAAUAUUACCUGUUUUCAUGGUGCUAAUAUUACCUGUUUUCCCACUGCUGAUGACAUACCCAAGACUGAAUAAUUUAUAAAUAAAAGAGAUUUAAUUGACUCAUAGUUCCACAUGGCUGGGGAGGUCUUGCAAUCAUGGCAGAAGGCAAAUGGGAAGCAAAGUCAUGUCUUAUAUGGUGGCAGGCAGGGGGACUUGUGCACAGGAACUCCUAUUUAUACAACCAUCAGAUAUCUUGAGACAAGAACAGUAUGGGGCUCCCUGGUGUGAUUCCAUCCUGUGCGGCUGUUCUCUGGAGCAGCAUUCAUUUAUCUUCGUCUGCCUUGUCUCCUACCUAAGUGUGUGCUGCCACCCGAUGGAAGAUUCGAUGGACAUGGACAUGAGCCCCCUGAGGCCCCAGAACUAUCUUUUUGGUUGUGAACUAAAGGCCGACAAAGAUUAUCACUUUAAGGUGGAUAAUGAUGAAAAUGAGCACCAGUUAUCUUUAAGAACGGUCAGUUUAGGGGCUGGUGCAAAGGAUGAAUUGCACAUUGUUGAAGCAGAGGCAAUGAAUUAUGAAGGCAGUCCAAUUAAAGUAACACUGGCAACUUCGAAAAUGUCUGUACAGCCAAUGGUUUCUCUUGGGGGCUUUGAAAUAACACCACCAGUGGACUUAAGGUUGAAGUGUGGUUCAGGGCCAGUGCAUAUUAGUGGACAGCACUUAGUAGCUGUGAAGGAAGAUGCAGAGUCAGAAGAUGAAGAAGAGGAGGAUGUGAAACUCUUAAGUAUAUCUGGAAAGCAGUCUGCCCCUGGAGGUGGGCAGAAAAAAGUAAAACUUGCUGCUGCUGCUGAUGAUGAUGAUGAUGAAGAUGAUGAUGAUGAUGAUUAUGAUGAUGAGGAAGCUGAAGAAAAAGUGCCAGUGAAGAAAUCUAUAUGAGAUAUUCCAGCCAAAAAUGCAUAAAAGUCAAAUCAGAAUGGAAAAGACUCAAAACCGUCAUCAACACCAAGAUCUAGUUCUGUAGAAGACCUUAAAGCAAAAAUGCAAGCAAGUAUAGAAAAAGGUGGUUCUCUUCCCAAAGUGGAAGCCAAGUUCAUCAAUUAUGUGAAGAAUUUCUUCUGGAUGACUGACCAAGAGGCUAUUCAAGAUCUCUGGCAGUGGAGGAAGUCUCUCUAAGAAAAUAGUUUAAACAAUUUGUUAAAAAUUUUCCGUCUUAUUUCAUUUCUGUAACAGUUGAUAUCUGGCUGUCCUUUUUAUAAUGCAGAGUGAGAACUUUCCCUACCAUGUUUGAUAAAUGUUGCCCAGGUUCUAUUGCCAAGAAUGUGUUGUCCAAAAAUGCCUGUUUAGUUUUUAAAGAUGGAACUCCACCCUUU